AUGCCGAAAAAUCUGAAUCUGUGGGGAAAGUACCUGCGCCUCGUCGGCCGCGGCGCGCGCCGAGGGUUCAAAAAGUGGCAGGUUAUCCCGCCGAUUCCUGUAAAGGCCUACGGGCGGGAACCCUCGGCUGCAUCUCAGACAGGGUUGUACCAUGAUGAGGACUUCAACUACCACACAAAGAGAACUUUCUCAAUGCGACGCACUCGGCGAAAACUCAAGCCUAACGUGUUUCGUCAAACAUUUACCUCAGAUCUGUUGAACACGACGAUUCCAAACGUACGCGUCACAACCUCGGCUUUGCACGCGAUGGACGACAUGGGGGGUUUCGACGCAUACAUUCUGCGGACGCCACCGCAGGAGCUUCGUUCCCACAUGGGGGAACGCAUGCGGCAAGUGAUGUAUUUUUACCAGGAGCAACCGGCUAUUCGCGACUGGGGGCUGCCUUGGAAAGUAUUUCUCAAGGUGUCCUCCCGCAGGGAUCCAUUCUACGCUUGCUACCGCCACAACCUGCGGAAGCAGCAGUACGAAGCAGAUCUGCGAAUGCGAGUUCGGAAUUUCUCUCCGUACUACCUGCCCUCUGCUCAUCAGGUGCAUCCUGAGCGCCAGAUCUUCCACGAAGGCGCCCCAGAGAAACCCGCGCUGGAUCUCUGGUGGCGGGAAAGCAAAGAGUUGGAGGAGGCGUUCAGACGCAGGCUGGGAGAGGCUAAGGGCUUCGAGCGGGCCUUCGCCGAUUCCAGUGAAGAGGCUGGGUACAGAAAAGGACGAGCCCGUGGCGGAGGGGGAAAAAGCGGCCGCUCUGUACGCCGAAGAAGCAAAACGCAUAAACAACGAGAGAAUCGGGCUUUCUAA